ACCAAAAUUUUUUUCAUUAAUUAAUCCAUUAAUUAAAGCCCAACACACUUUCAAGCAAACGCCGUCGUAUAAAAGAGCAGGUUUUGGCCUUCAUUUCUCCGCCGCAUUUACCAUCGAUCUCUCGCCGUCGCUGCCCCCGUCAAACACCGUUGCUGCUGGCUGAGGAGUUGAAUCACCGAAACGGUCAGUGGGAAAUGUGUGUAUUUCCGUAAGUCUUUUUUUGUCAUUCCGAUCUAUAAAGUAUCGGCUGGUGAAUUUUUUUUUCGGCGAAGGAGUUUGCUGUUAGGUCUAGGUGUUCCUUUUUAGUCUUUUUUAUGGCUUCGGAGGAUGUGAAGGCGGCGAGAGAUUCGGCUGUGGAGAAAAUUGUGAACCUGGCGGAAGAGGCUAAGCUAGCUAGAGAAGAAAUUAAGCCUACAAGCCAUGCUGUCCUCAGUAUUUGCAAGUCACUCUUCGCCGGAGGUGUUGCCGGAGGCGUGUCACGAACUGCUGUGGCUCCACUGGAACGGCUGAAGAUAUUGCUACAGGUUCAAAAUCCACAUAACAUAAAAUACAAUGGCACCAUUCAAGGCUUGAAAUAUAUCUGGAGAACUGAAGGGUUCAAAGGACUGUUUAAGGGCAACGGCACCAAUUGUGCCCGGAUCGUCCCAAACUCUGCAGUCAAGUUCUUCAGCUAUGAACAAGCUUCCAAGGGUAUAUUAUAUUUGUACCGGCAACAAACUGGAAAUGAGGACGCUCAGCUCACUCCACUAUUACGUCUCGGAGCUGGUGCUUGUGCUGGCAUAAUUGCCAUGUCUGCAACUUACCCAAUGGAUAUGGUGCGAGGAAGACUCACUGUGCAGACAGAGAACUCUCCUUAUCAAUACAGAGGAAUGUUUCAUGCACUGUCAACUGUGCUUCGCGAGGAGGGUCCACGAGCUUUGUACAAAGGAUGGACUCCUUCUGUCAUAGGAGUUAUUCCAUAUGUGGGGCUUAAUUUUGCUGUAUAUGAAUCUUUAAAAGACUGGUUGGUCAAAACAAAACCAUUUGGUCUUGUUGAUAAUUCUGAGCUUGGGGUUGUUACAAGGCUGGCAUGUGGAGCUGCUGCAGGAACAGUUGGACAAACUGUUGCCUACCCUCUUGAUGUUAUUCGCAGAAGGAUGCAGAUGGUGGGAUGGAGUCAUGCUGCAUCUAUUGUUACUGGUGAUGGGAGGAGCAAGGCUCCUCUCGAAUAUACUGGAAUGAUUGACGCUUUCAGGAAAACUGUAAAGUAUGAGGGUGUCAGAGCCUUGUACAAGGGUUUAGUGCCCAAUUCAGUGAAGGUUGUUCCUUCAAUAUCUAUUGCAUUCGUGGCGUAUGAGCAAGUGAAGGACCUACUGGGAGUUGAGAUCAGAAUUUCUGACUAAUGAAAGAGAAGCUCCAGUAUUUAUCUCAUUCUUAUGAUAAUUUUGUAGGCAAGGAUACAAAGGGUUAUAAAUAACAUGGUGGUUCCAUAGUCUAGACGGCGAAUUUAGAGUCCUGUUCGUAGCCUGUGUUUAGAACUUCCAACUGUAUGUGGUUGUUGCUUAUUUAGUCGUGUUGUCAAUAAAAAAAUUAUCAAGAAUAGUGUAACGAAUAAUUCGAGUGCCUUUGUUAGUAAGAGAGUACAAAUAUUUCAUGUGUUUUCAACAGCUUAUUGUUAGCUAUACGAUCAGUUCCUCGAAAUUAUACAAGUACACUCCUAUUUGUAUCUUUUCA